CCAUGUGCCAUGUGAUAUAAACUCAUGUGUUGCACGUUAUCCCUAUUCUUAGUCUAAAAGUUCUGUACUGCAAAGCGCUGCUCUAUGUUGUCCUGUGAGCCACGCAAAAAGACUUGUGGAGCUAUUUAAAUAACAUGCCUUCCAAUCCGCGAAAGCGGAUAGCAGAAUCUGGACGGAAGGGCAGUCUAGAACCACCGGUGCAAGCUCAUGGUGGAAGGACGAGCAUCAGCAGUCAAUCGAAGCCGCCCUUGAGAAAUUUACAACCUCGAAGGGCAAUUUCGCCCAGACCUCGACGGGACCUUGCACCUACAGGCAAACAUCCCUCCAACAUGCGACAAGCGAAACCAGUACUGAUACCUGCCGGAGAACCACAAUAUCACUCACCUUACAAACCAACUCCGGCAUCAUCGCGUUCCACACGCCUACAAGCUCGCACCGAUGCGCCCAAGCCAACUAUAUGCAUGCCUUCCGUGUUACAUGGACCGCACCCUGAUAGCAAGUUAUGUCAGGACUUCCACUGGGUACCCUAUCCUCUUGGUCUCCUGCCAUACGACUCCUGGCACAAGCUCCACCACCGCCCAGACACACAGCCAUCUCUGCCAUUCCGCUGCCCUGUCUGCAAAAUGGAACGAAAAGUAACACAGCAUAUGCGCAAAGUGUUUCUAAUCGCCGAGCGUCUUACAUGGGACGAAGGACGAAUAUCAACCCAUGACAAGGAUAUGAAUGAAGAGCUCAACUGGGCCGUCAACUACGAGGUGGGCAUUCUAGACCCAUUUGUUGAGGAUCCAGAACACAUCCCAGGAGGCAAGCACAGUAGCAACAGCAAGUUCUACCCAUAUCAGAAUGAGCAUGAGAUGAUGUUGGCUCUGAAGCUCAUAUUCAUGACUGAGGAUAUCAAUGAGACGACAUGGGCACUGUGGAUUGGCACGCAACUUGAUAUGCAGAUGGCGCUGAGUGGGGAGGAGUCAGGCCCCCAACGGAGUGCAUCAAGCCCAUCAACAGGCGAUCCCAACAAGCGCAUAACAAGCUACAAGACGUUGCAAGAUUUUUAUUCCCUACUCGACAGAAUUGAGCGGACAUCACAUGUUGGGGCGUUGUUUCUUGAAGCAUAUGCUGAGAAGCUAAGGGACGAUAUGUGCAGGAGUUGCUGGUUCAAGCACAACGUCAGGCUUGACGUGUUUUGAACAUGGCGUAUUUGGUGUGAUUGAGAUUUAUGAUACCCAUUCUUCGUUUUUUGUUUCGUCUGAUCUGCAGGGGUAGAAAUGAACAAGCGGAUAUAGCGUGUGUUUUGCUACGGUAGUUGAGAGUCUUUGUUGCUUCUUGAAUACAUAUGAUUUAUCUGCCAA